AGGUGUUGCACCCCCCCCCCCCCGGCUCGCGCGCAAGCAGCUCGUACUUCGCCGCCGUCGCCGGAGAGAUGGAUUCCCGUGGCUUCGAUUCCGCCGGCCGCGUCUUCUCCAGCGCCAUCGAGAUGUGGGCGGAAGAGCUAGGCCCCACCGCCACCGCCACCGCCUCCUCCGCCGCGGAAGCGGAAGCCGCCCCGGCCGCCGCAGACAACGGGGGCGCCGGCGAGGAGGCGGGCGGAGACGGGAAGCGCAAGGAGUGGUACUCCAAGGCAAUCGCCUACUGGCAAGGUGUGGAGGCGUCGACCGAGGGAGUCCUGGGAGGGUACGGGUGCGUGAACGACGCGGACGUCAAGGGCAGCGACGCCUUCCUGCGCCCUCUCCUCGCCGAGCGGUUCGGCACCGGAAAGCGCCGUCUCGUUGCGCUUGACUGUGGUUCGGGCAUUGGGCGGGUUACGAAGAAUCUUCUUCUCAGGCAUUUCAACGAGGUUGAUCUUGUUGAGCCAGUAUCUCAUUUUCUAGAAGCGGCACGGGAAAAUCUUACUGGAUGUAUGGACCAAGGAGAAGAUUCGCACAAGGCUACCAACUUUUACUGUGUGCCUCUUCAGGACUUCGCUCCCGAGGAAGGAAGGUAUGAUGUGAUAUGGGUCCAGUGGUGCAUAGGACAACUUCCUGAUGAUGAUUUCAUUUCAUUUUUUAAUCGUGCCAAGGUUGGUCUCAAACCUGAUGGAUUUUUUGUUCUGAAAGAGAACAUUGCAAAAAACGGAUUUGUGUUAGACAAGGAGGAUAACAGUGUCACUAGAUCCGAUCCAUACUUCAGGGAGCUAUUUAAAAAGUGUGGAUUAUAUAUAUACAGUGUCAAGGACCAGAAGGAACUCCCAAAAGAACUAUUUGCUGUCAAAAUGUAUGCUUUGGUGAGCAGUCAACCAAAAAUUCCCAAUAAUGGGAAGAGAAGGCGGCCUAAAAAUUCGCCUCGUGUUAUCCGCACUUGAAAAAUUCCUGUAUUAGGUGGGCUGUUGGGCCAACUUAUUUGUCUGGUCAUUAUUAUUACUGGCUUGUAUCAAGUUCCUAGGACAGCCUUUUGUAACCUCAGUUUAGUUUCAUGUACAUUUUAUCUUGAGAUGUCGCAGAGGGCAUCUGGUGAUAAGAAAACACCCAUUAACAGCUGAGAUUGGUAUCUACAGUGUUACUGGAUUACUGCAAACUGCACACGAGCUGCUUCUUCAGGUUUUCUAGGUUCCAAUUGUCCAAAUUUUAUACUAUGCAAAUCUUGAUCUUGCCUUGUUCUUAUGGUCUUGAGGAGUUGGUAUUGACAGGUUGCAAAACUUGAAGCAGGCAUAGGUAGUAGCGUAGUAAUGGUUUUGGUUGCAAAUCUGGUAUUUAACCUGUUGUAAAAUUUGUGAUUUUCACGAUUUGGGACAGCAUUGAAGCACCUGUAAAAAUGUAGUAUGAUCAGUUAAUA